GUUUUAUUUAGUACAUUUUAAAAGUGUUUAAAGCUGGUCCAAAAAAAACAUUACUUUUUUGAAAUUAUAAGCAAUUGAUUUAAAAUGAAUAUUGCUCGAAAUUUGUUAUCUUUAAGAACGGCUGUUGCCCGUUCAAAUCAAAGUUUAUUAACAUCUAAAUUGUUACGAAGGGAAAGCCAUGUGGUUUCAUAUCGAAAGGGUCCACCGGCUCAUUCGAAUGCCACUAAGAUUGGUGCCGUUGCUGUUGGAGGAGCCAUGUGGUGGUGGGUAAUUUGGCAUUUGUGGCACGAACCUGAUCAUAUAACGGGUGAAUUUGAAUAUCCAAACCCGUCCAAAUGGAGCAACACAGAAUUGGGAAUACCCAAAGAUGAUUAAUAAAUAAUAAGGGCUGUCUGUUUUUUGCUUCAAACGAAAAACUAAAAUAAAUAAUAAUUAACUUAGCGA